AUGGCUAUUCCUGCUCAAUUGCAAGGACUUCUACCACAAAAAUUUUUUGGUUAUAUUCCAUUAUUUAUUGGAGUUGAAAUAAUAUUGGGUAUAACAAUUUUGAAUAAAGCAGGAGGAUUAUAUGGUAUAUUAUCAUUAUUUACAGGUCAUCCAAUAAAUUUUUGGCAAUGGUUGUAUAAUUCAUUAGCAUUAAUAAUGUUACCCAUUUAUGCAAAUGCAUUAAUAAAUUUAACAAAUAAACAAAAUAACUUGAGGAAAAUUUCAUUAGCAAGUGUUUGUUAUUUGCUCGAUAGUUUAAUUGGAAUAUUCUAUACUGUUUAUUUCAUGCUAUUUUGGUUUUAUUCAGAAGAAGAAAGUGGUACUGAUGUUGGUGGAAAUGGUUUAAGAUUUUUAAAAAGAGCAAUGGAUGAAACUGAUGCCGAAGCCGAUUUAUCCAAACAAUCUGCAUCUGCUCAUAGAGAAUUGUUCUUUAUAUUUAGUACUACGUUAAUAAUGACAGUUAUUAGAGUUUAUUUUACGUUGGUGUUGAUAAGUUUCAACAAGAAUUUAUUAAAACAACAAAUGUUAAGAGAUUAUAAUAGUAGUAGUCAAGCAAAUAGUUCUAACAAUCAAAAUGAUGAAGAAGAACAAGAAAUAUUAAAUUCAAAAGGUAUUUAUGGUGAAUUUAGAAAAGUUGUAUUUGAUAUUGAAAUUAGAGCUAAAGAGUUACUAAGCGAAUAUUUACUAUAA